AUGACGAACCAGGGAAGUUCCAAGUUCAUGUCGAUGAGCGGCCUUGUCCCAUCCACUAUUUUCGACAAAAGUAUAGCCACACGAUUUUGAACCGUUUCAUUUCUAUUCAUUCAGUGAACGCAGAUAUGGAUGUCUCAGAAGAAAUGGAGGAGAUAAGAGAACUUUUAUACGAGAUGAUCAAGAAGAACUUUCCGAUGGGUGUAGCGUCCACUCACUUGGCCGAUAAAUACCAUGAAGAGUAAGUUAACAGAUUUAUUCUCCAAAUAUGGAAAACUAAUGUUUAGAUUCGUUUCCAAAGGGCUGGGACGCGAGUUGCCUUCCGAUUGGCUUCAACAAGUCACAGCUGCCGAAGAGUUCGAGGCUCAGGUUAAUUAUUUUUUUCGUUUUUUAAAAUUAAGAUUUGAAAAUCUGCAGACACGUGGUCCUAUCACAAUUUUGUUCGUCCGGCUCUCCAAUACUUCGUCUUUCAAGCGGCCGCCAAUCAACUCGGUAAACGUUCGAGGUUCGACUAAAUUCCCUUGUAAAGAAAUUCCUAAGAAGCUAUAUAUGUGCUUAUUCCAGAUCUUUACUGACAAUUUUUUUUAUGUGAGUUGACUGUUGUUCUGUUGGUUUUGUGGUUUUUUUCUUAGAAACUCUGCUUUCUGUGUAAUCCACUUAUUUUAUAGUAGUUCGGGCCGACGUGGAGCCUACCCCAGAAGAGUUGAAAGAAAUCAAGUUGAGAAAGGAGACUGAACCUCUCGAGCACGCCAAAUCAGUGAGUUUCAAUAAAAAGUUUCCUGCGUUAGAAAAAAAAAUCUCUGAAAGUUGAUUGGAAGUCGAGUUUUUUUGUAAUAAGUUUUUUUAAACAUGUGAAAAUUAAAAAAACUCUGUUUGUGGAAAAAUUUCUAAUUUAGGCCUUUUAUCUCAAUAAGACACUUUUUUUUGGAUUUUUUUUUGUUUUUUAUAGGGAGACUUCAAAGAAAACACCAAUAUACAGUUUUAGUAAAGGAAAAUUCUUAUUAUUGAUUAAAAUAUUAUUCAUAGGUCGUAAAAUGGUAGUAGAGAUUGCUUUCGGAAACUUUCUCAGAAGUAGGAUUUCUUUUCAGUGUUUUAUUAUAAAAAUAACAAUUGAAGACUUUAAGAAAUGUUUUUUUUUUCAGUUUGAAAAAGUGUCGAGUGCUUUGAAAUGUGGAGCGGAAGUGUCUGUCGUGGCUUUCGAUUCUCAUUCUCGUAUGUUCAUCCGCGCCACGGUCGACGACGACACUUUCAACAGUAUCAGCUCGACUUUGGAGGAGAUUUUCGACCAGGAAAUCGCCUCGCCUCUGGACAGCCGCGUUCAGAUUUACGUUUUCAACUCCUUUUCUCGCUUAUUUUCACAUGUAGUCUCAGGAGAUAUUGGCUGGCGGAGCCUAUGCAUUGCGAGACUCGAACGGAACCUGGUUUCGAGUUAUUGCACAGGUUUUUUGCAUGAAAGAAGAAAAAGAAGAAUUGGGAGUUUGAGGAUCCUCCGAGAAACGGACAAGUACGGUGUUUCUUCGUCGACGUCGGCGUCGAGGAGAAUUAUCCGGUCAAUGCGCUCCGGUUGCUCCCGCCUCCGAAGCAUCCUGUUGUAUCUGGUGAGAUUUUUUCAUCAAAACUUUCCUUUCAAACCCAAGAUUUUAUCAAAGAUUUUGAAGUAGCAUUCACUUUUUUUACUUUGAAAGUGUGUUAUAAUGAAUGGAAAUAAACACAUAUGUGGGGACCUUAUAGAUAUUUUUGCCAUUUUUUUGAACUUUCAAAACUUUGAAAAAGGCAAUUUAGUUAGAACUUGACAAAAAAAUUUGUUUUAUUUUUGAUUAAAAAAAUGGGUCUUCUUAAAAAAACUAGGUGGUAGGAAAAAAAGCCAGCGAAUUUUUCGAACGGCGACUUUUUCCGACUUUUUCUCGAUAAACACUUCGUUUUUAAAUUUUCCUAUGUAAGUGUAAAGUAGGCAAGUUAUUCAUGACUAAAACACAAAGAAAUUGGAAAAAAACGUUAAUAGAUGUUUUAUAAACCGAAAAAUAUAAUGUAAAAAAGUCGGAAAGGGAUCAGUCGGAAAGUUGCCUAGCGAUACGAAAUAAUCGGAAAAGUCGUCGUUCGAAAAUUCGCUGGCUUUUUUCCAAACCACCAAAAACUAAGGUUCUCAGAUUUCUAGCUUCUACAUAACGAAACUUUGAUCAUCGUAUCCAAAAAAGGCGCCUUCAAAUAAUUUCACCUAACGUAACAGUUCAGUCGUCUACGAUUUUGGUAACAUAGGUUUUCGAAAUACUGCCUAUUCACAAAGGGAAGUCGAUGUUCAGGGUUUCAAGCUUAUUUUUUUUUUCUUAUUACCGUAAUUUUCCAUUGGUGAAGUUUAUCCUUAAAUUUAAAAAAACUGCCACUCUCCGAACGGACCUUUCUUCCUUCCAAGUACUUGACGUACUCUGAAUAAUCGAUGAAACCGUCGUUAUCUUUGUCUAUAUACCUGAAAAAAUUUUUUGCUGUUGUGAAACUUCCAUUAUCUCACUUCAAUACACGGUCUAUCAUAUCUUCCAUUUCGUUUUCCUGUUCAGUUAUACUUUUUUCGUUAACACUCUCGUUUUUUUCUGAGAUCUUUCGAGUGAAAAAUGCGUUUUUGCUUCAAACCUUCAUGACUAUGUGCAAGUGUUUUGUAUAUUUCGAUGCCAUCCAACUUGAGGUUGCUAUCCAAGUCGCUCAGUUUGAAAUAGUAGAAUCGCUGCUCACUCUCGUUCAUGUCUUUGGUGACGUCGAUUCGGUCGCUCAAGUGCUCUUUCAGGUGUCUGUAUUUGCCUGUGUAGACAUUUGAGCUCCAAACAGAAACCAAACUUUUCAUUCAUUUGUUCAUCUUCUUCAAUUCUUCCAAAUUGCUUUAUUCCGCUUCCAUUCUGAAUAUUUUCGAUAUAUCUUGUUCAACAACUGGCUGAACUUAAAGCAAAAUAUUAAAAAAAAAUGCUUGCUUAGAUAUUUUUCAAGGUUCAAAAAUAAUUUGAAAUAGUACUAACGGCUUUUCAGAACCAAUAUUUGUUUUAUCAAAACAGUAUUGUUUUUCAAAAAAACCCAGCGAGAAUCCCAAAAGACCAUGGUUUUAAAACUUUCUUUAAAUUUUAUUUUUUUGAAAUUUCGGAGAUGUUCAAAAGACGUAUCAGCGUUUUGUCGAAAUUUCAUAGUUUUUAGAACUUUACCUCGGUGAUUGCCGGUGCUCCGAAUGAUAAUGAAAUAAGAAGCAAAACAACCGACAUUGACAUCUUAAAAAAGAAAGAAAUGAUCUUGCACGUAUCCAUAUGCGUCAUCUUUUUUUUUCCUGCAUCACUUCGCUAGGAUUUUUUAUUAGACAAUUUUAAGUUGGUGCUCUGGUGAAAGAAGUUUGCCUGGACAUCGAAGAGAGCGACAAGAAGAAAAAGGCUUUCUCGAAGGAAAAUUUGACCGAAGCUCUUUUCCACAAGCAAACGAGGUCGAGCAACGUUCCCAGUCUGCUUCCGAAGAACUUCAAAGCAAGUGUUAUUCAUUUUCUGGUGAAUUUCUUCGCUUUUUCAGCUUGUGACGAUGGAGGAGAAAAACGGCCGCUGUCACGUGGACAUGGGAGACGAAAACCAGCGGUCGCUGGUCGCCGAACUGUCGCAAUCCGACGCGACUCCGUACUUUCCCUAUUUGAUUUUUUUUUUAUUAGAAAAGGUAUUUUUAGCUCGUUGGGAAGCGUUUCUUGUGUUAGCCAGCCCGCAGCCGCGACUUCCCUUCCAAGUAACUGGUGCUUCGACAAGCCUUUCAUGGUAUGAUCAGUAAACUAUAUAGAAAACUUGAAUUGUUUCAAUGUAAAAAAUGUUAAGAAAAAUUGAAUUUUUUUGAACUAAGUCUUUGGAAUUUUCAUUUUUAAGUUUCAUGAAAGGCGCUACUUAUAAAGAGUUAUAAACGUUGUUCACUUUUUUACUUCAGAUUAUACAUUCUCAUUGUAAAAAUUCAUAGUGGUACUCUAUUUUGCACUUGCUGAAAUUAAAAAAAAAUUUUCCGAACUGACUUAAAUUCAUUUUUGAUUGGUGUAGUUUUUUUAGAAGUUCGAAAUAAAAAAAAGAUCGGGUGUUUUUCAGAACUCUGGGAUUAAAAAAAGAAAUUAUGUUAAUAACUUUUUUUGUCGAGCAUUAUUGGUUUCUUAAUUUAUUUUUUUCAAAUUUUUUUCGAAAAAUCGAAGGAGAAGAUAUAAUCGUUCUCAUGAAAAAUAUAUUGAAACUUUUUUCUCAUAUCACGUAGAAAGUUUAGUUUGAUUCUGGCUGAUUACUUUGUGAUAAAAUUUUUGAAGUCACCUGAACUUAUCCGUAAAACCUUCUUUGUUCAGAUAGAACCGAUGAGCACUUCGCAAAUGCCAAAAACCGUUUUCCCUGCGAGUGCUCUUUUUGCCGCUGGGCCCAUGGACAUAAGUUUACGACAACUUUCUCUGGUUUUUCGGUUCCCUUUGUCAACAAUUUUGGGAAGAUCUCCUACAGGAUCCUAUGCCGGACUACAUGUACACUAAGCUGAAGGAAGAAUGUGUUCUGCCGGAAUCCGAAAUCUCGGGUCAGCCGCAGCUGGGAAGGUAAUCACAGAAGUGUAGAGAUAUUCGCGAACAAAUUUUGUCUCAUUUUCAUUGAAAAACGAGCUUCUGAAAAAAAUUCAGAGAAAUGCGCAAAGAUUGUCGCGGAUUAUCUGCCGCUUUCGGAGAACGUUUCAAGUUUUGCCACAUUUUUUGCGUGAAAAAUCAAGUUUUUUUUUUUCAUGAAUUUUUUUCAAAAUAGUUGUGUUGUGGUUUCAUAGUCAUUUAUUUCUUUUUGUUCAAAAAAGAUGAUCAAUAGGAAAAUUACCGAAAGAGAUGAAAGAUUCAAGUUUUUUUUAAUUAGGAUACCUAAAAGCGUUAAAAAUAUAUAAUGGAAAGUUUCAAAUUUCUGAAGGAAACCGCAUCUGAUAAAUAUAGCUACAAGUUACAAUUUCAUUCGUCUUCAGAGAAUGUUCUGGAAUAAAUGAUGAUUCGAUCGUCAGUAUGCGAAAUCGCGUUGAUUAAGAAUUGCUCGUAGAUCGUUAGGGAGCUGUUCGUUCCGACGGUCACUGCUUCUCCAUGUAGGAACAGUACGGCGCCCAGAUUUUCCUUGGGCUAGCGGGCGUCGGAUUAAAUCUCAGAGGAGAGCGGAAAUGAAGACCGACCACUCGGGAUGUAGAAAUGAAACGAUAUAUAACUAAUCUAUAGAUAUAAUUUAAAAAUGAAAACCAAAAAGAAACGAAUUGAAGAGAAAAUUUUUCUAAUUGACAUUGUUCUAAUUCAGAACUUAAUCGAAACAAGAGAUUUUUCGCAAUUUUUCGUUGGCAUAGUUUCAAAUCUUAUUUCACCCAACUUUUUAUUAAGUUGUUUAUAAUUCCCACAACUGGCUCUUUCCAGUUUCUAUGCUGCUUCGAUCGAUGAUAGGUGGGAGCGCGUUCAAUGUUUACGACCUAGCAAAAUCGGUGAAUCCAUCUUUUUUUCCGUCCAAGACGUUGAUUUUCAGACAAAAUGGCCUACUGUGUUUAUUUGGUGGAUGUCGGCGCUUUCCACUACGUCCGCAAAGAAGCCAUGCGAAAACUCAACUCGGCGUCGCCUUUCAAGAAAAUGCUCAUGUUCAAGUGCAAAGUCAGCUUUUUCGCUUUUCUUUUGCGAUUACAAAAACUGGACGUCCAUGAGACAUUUUCGACAUAAGGGAACUUUUAAAUACAAUUUUGAAAGAUAGUUUGUAUCUGAAACUGUUUGGCAAAAUAUUUCGAUGUUUUCAUAAACAGUCAUUGUACUGAUGGUAGGAAGGAUAUUCACUUCUUUUUCGAAUUUCCUUCUUUUCUUUCCUUCAUUUUUUUUUCCUUUGUCGUUCUGUUGUGAGGAUGUCGUGUUUCGACCACAAAUGAACACUGUAUAAUUUUUUCAACUAACUUUUUAUCAAAUAAUGCGUCAUUCUCGCAUACACGUAGUCAAAUAUUUGCUGCAGAACGGCUACCACAUUUUCAUUCACUCUCUAUACAUUCUCCCUCAAUUUCCGUUUUCUAAAAAAUUGGAAAAACUAUAAAAAAUCAGAAAAGAAGUGAAUAUUCCCAAGAAUCGUUGUCAAAGAUUCAAAUUUUCAAAGAUUCGAGCAUAUAAGAUUGGUGUAUGCACAACUAACGCACACGAAUAUUCGGGGACCCAAAAUUUCUUCCUACCAUCAUUGUACUUUAUGCUCACAUUUAAAAAAAGUGUAUAUAUAAAUAAUCUGAUUAGAAAGUCAAAAAAAUAUGUUUAUUUUUUUGCAGGUUAGCGGCGUGCGACCAGUUGGCGGAAAGGAGUUCUGGAGCCGCGAAUCUCAUGAAGCCGUCCGCGAGUUUUUCGAGGCCGCCUGUGGCGAGGCCGUGAUGGUGUGGGUCCUUAUUAGGAAGAUUCACCAUGGACAUUCCAGGUGGACUUGAACUCGAAAGGCUGGAGCAGCUGGAAACAGCUCAACGCUCCGAGUGUGCCCCUGUGCGAGGCUAGGAUCUCCUGCUGCGGAAGGGAUCUUGGCGACUGGCUCGUCGCCUGUGGACUCGCGCUCCCUUCCGACGGAGACAUCUUCGACUGA